AUGAACAUACGAAGGGCUACCGUGGAGGAUUUAGUGAAGACUCAACAUUGUAAUUUGCUUUGUUUGCCCGAGAAUUACCAACUCAAGUAUUAUCUUUACCACGCUCUUUCAUGGCCCUUGUCUUUCGUCGCUGAGAACCAUAAUGUAAGUUUUUGAUUUGUUUUUGUGUUGAAAUUUAGAGAUGAAGAUAGCACGGAGUUGUUGAUACCAGAAUUCAGCUGAUAACUUGUUUAAAAGACUGCUAAAUUGAAUCAUUUUGGGUUUUAGAUCUAGUAUAACAUAGUUGAUAAAUUUGAACGGAGAUUAAACAAAAAAUCUUCGAAUUUUUGCAUUGAUUAGGUGGAGGAAGUUUUUUUGUGUAAGAUGCGGCCUGUUUCCACCCAGAACAUCUUUGCUUUGAUUUAUUUUUAUUCAAAGUUUGUUGCCCCAUCAGCGCCUAGUAUAACAUCCCCCAUUUUUAGGGUGAGAUUGUUGGCUACGUGCUGGCAAAGAUGGAAGAGGACUCCGAAGACGAACCUCAUGGACAUAUCACUUCACUUGCAGUCAGAAGAGAGUACCGUCGACUAGGAGUGGCCCGGCUUCUCAUGGAUCAAACGGCUCGAAUGAUGGUGGAAAUGUAUGGCGCUCGCUAUGUAUCUCUUCAUGUUCGUGUCACCAACCGAGCAGCUUUGCAUUUGUACCGGUAAGAGUUUAUUUUGAAUUAGUUUUUUCGAAUUUUAGGUCAAGUGCAAUAUAAUUUUCUCCAGUUUUUCAUCUAAAAUCUGUCGUGUUUUAGUGAUGUUUUGAAAUUCGACAUCAUGGAUGUAGAAUCAAAGUAUUACGCCGACGGAGAAGAUGCCUAUGCCAUGAAACGCCCUCUCGUUCAAUGGGCCAAGGACCAUGGACUUGAACCGUUCGAUAAGGAAAGUUUCUUCAAGGAAAAGGCGCCAAAAGUCAAUGGAAAACCCCACUGA